CCUCAGCGGCGCUGACGCGGGGCCGCUCAGUGCACGGAGCCGGGCCUGGACAGCUCCGGGGCGGUCGGACCUCGAACAGCGGCCGCGGGCUCCGGGGCGGGGGCUCCGGCGGCGAAGCCCCCUCCCCGGGGAGGCGGGGUCUGGGCGAGCUCCCCUUGCGAGGAGCGGCGGCGGCCGGGAACGAUGCAUCAGAAGCUGCUGAAGAGCGCGCAUUACAUCGAACUGGGCAGCUACCAGUACUGGCCCGUGCUGGUGCCCCGCGGCAUCCGUCUCUACACCUACGAGCAGAUCCCCGUGUCCCUCAAGGACAAUCCGUACAUCACCGACGGCUACCGGGCCUACCUUCCCUCCAGGCUGUGUAUCAAGAGUUUGUUUAUUUUAUCUAAUGAGACGGUAAACAUCUGGAGUCAUUUGCUGGGUUUCUUUCUCUUCUUCACACUGGGAAUAUAUGACAUGACAUCCGUGUUACCUUCAGCAAGUGCAUCCAGAGAAGAUUUUGUAAUUUGCUCUAUUUGUCUUUUCUGCUUCCAGGUCUGUAUGCUUUGCUCUGUGGGCUAUCAUCUUUUUUCCUGUCAUCGGUCAGAAAAAACCUGUCGGAGAUGGAUGGCAUUAGAUUAUGCAGGAAUUUCUAUCGGAAUACUGGGCUGCUAUGUCUCGGGAGUAUUUUAUGCAUUUUAUUGUAAUAAUUAUUGGCGUCAAGUGUAUUUGAUCACAGUGCUUGCUAUGAUCCUGGCAGUGUUCUUUGCUCAGAUUCAUCCCAAUUACCUUACACAGCAAUGGCAGAGACUCCGUUCUAUCAUCUUUUGUUCUGUUUCGGGAUAUGGAGUGAUCCCUACUCUUCACUGGGUUUGGCUCAAUGGAGGAGUCGGUGCUCCUAUUGUACAGGACUUUGCACCUCGUGUAAUUGUGAUGUAUAUGAUUGCUCUUCUUGCCUUUCUAUUCUACAUUUCCAAAGUUCCAGAAAGGUACUUUCCAGGACAACUCAACUACCUCGGAUCAAGCCACCAAAUAUGGCAUAUCCUUGCAGUAGUGAUGUUGUAUUGGUGGCAUCAGUCAACUGUGUAUGUCAUGCAGUACAGACAUACCAAGCCUUGUCCUGACUAUGUGUGACAUUUGUGAAUUCAGGUAUGGCCAUCUGGUGUAUUCAGUUGUGAAGCAAUAUUUUGAUGGGGAGUUGUGUACCCCACUAAUUCUAAGAUUCUUGCUGUUGUUUUUUCUUUUCCUCAUUUAAUGUAUCAUGAGUAAUAUUUUAUAAAAAUGGAAAAAUGCAUUUGGGGGUCUGUAAUAACUGUUUUACAGGCCCUUAAAACUACUCAUUUGCUGCUUGUACAGAAAAUGAAAAUUAGUUGGCAUUCAUAAGAAACAUUCGAAUAAUAGCAAUGAAUGUUAAACCAUUGUAGAGAUAGGAUUCAUUUUACUUAACACCAGCUUAAUUUCCUUAGGAAGGGCUUAUCUCCAUUAGGAAAUGGAGUCAUCCUGUCAGACUACUUUAAUGGAAGAAUUUUUUAGUAGAUGAUCAAGUGUAAGUGCCUGAUCAAGGCAAGGGAUGCCACAAGCUAUGAUUGUGAUUUUUGAAUAAUCACUAGCCUUUAAAUACAUGCUUUGUGAGAAACUGGCACUUAGGUAUAAUUUUCUUUAGCUGUAGAUUCUCCCUUCUCUAGGAACAUUGGAUUUUUUAGUUUGCCAGAACAGAAAUUUUAAACUUCUACUCCUUUUAGUUAAGAGAGGUGUUGAGAAGAACUUUGUCGUUUUCUAUCAGAUAAGAAUCACAUUAGAAACUGAUUACAUGAUUAGGUGACAAAUUUUGUGGUCUAAUAACCAAGUUAUUAGCCAUCUAGGCUUUUUAAUUCCUUAUCUAGACACUGAAUUCUUGUAAGUGGAUUGCAGAUUUUUUGGUUCCAAAAAUUCCCAUAGCAUAAGAGCUUUCACCUCUCUGAAUUUGCAGUCCUAAAUUUUGUGGGUAUAUGGGUGCUACUUUCAAGGCCAUAGGAUCCAGAUGGCCCAGUCUUGACGCUGAAAUGAACCUUAAGCCUUAGAACAAAGUCAUGCAGAUGCCCCAUCUGGUAAAUGUGCUUAUUCACUUGGGCUCCAGUCUUCCUCUGUUUACGCAUGUAUUAGCAUUGCAUCAAUAACUCAUAAAGUAUUGAUAUACUAGCUAAUAUCUGGAACCUGACAUACAACAUUUGGUCUUAUAUAUAUCGCUGCCCUGUCAUACAACGUACCCCUCUUUUUCUUUGAUCUUUUCGUAUGCAUUAAUGAAGUCCUUUAAAGCAGAAGUCCGUAACAAACUUACGUUGUUCGUUGGAAUAUAAAAUAUUACCCAAGUUUCUUAAUGAGUUCACAUAAGCUAUUUUAAUUACUCGUGUAUUUUCAGAACAUUAGCAUUACUAAAUUUCAGAAAAAGUGUUGACUGAUGGUAAAGCUUAUGCCCAAAAUGCCUUUCAUGUCUCUUGAUAGGAAAGUUACUUCAUCGUGCUUCAGUUUAUGCAUCUGUAAGAUUUUGUAUUUUUCAGUGUAGUGUUUUUGGAAUAUAAUUCCCCAGGCUAGUAUCUCAGCAGGGAGAAUUUCCCCCCCGUAGGCUCAACAAGGGCGCACUGUGUUGUGCCCUUUACUAUGAUGGAAUGCUACUUUGAAAAUGGCUAUUUUACUUCAUAAGGCCACACAUUUGAUCCAUGUGCUAAAUGAUAAUAGAUUUUGGUUUAACAGUAAUAGGCUGUAUUUCCUCUAAAACAACCCUCGUUGGCUUAUAUAUUAUUGCUUUUAAAUAGAUAUUUUGCCAUAUUGGCCAAAUAAAAAACACUGAGUAUAGUUAUUUUUAAAAUAAGGGAAAAGUCCACUACUUUUAGGUCUGGAACCUUUUUUUUAUUGUAAAGUCUUCUCAGAAUAAAAAUAUAUGAACAUUGUUUCAUUCUCUUUUAAUUUUUAGAAAUAUUCUUUUUCUUCUUAUAGGGUAUUAAUUAAUUCUUGCCAUCUGAAUUGAUAAAAAACAUACUGUAUUUUUUAUUUUAAGAAUGUUUCUUUGAAUUUCAAAGGCAUACAGGUCUGACUGUAGGAGAGUUACACUGUGUAAUUAUUUCAACAUUUUAUGAAAAUGUUAAAUACUGUAAGAAAGCUAUGCUCUCUCAUUUUUAUCUUUACUGUUAUAUAUUUAUUAUAAAGUAGGGAAUGAAUGAAUGUGGAUUGCUGUCAACUAUAAAAACUUCUGUAAGUCAGCAUUUAUUGACCACCUACUGUGUGCAGAGCACUACUGGCAAAAAUUUUAAGACAUUGUUAACAUUAAAGAAUAACUAUUUAAAAUCUGCCUACAAAUCUGAGCCUUGUAAUAAUGUAUAUUUAAGUUAGUUUUGUUUUUAUAGAUUUGUUAUUAAAACAAGAUUAAAAGUACACUGUUCGGCUACAGCAUUAAAAGACUGGUUUGAAUUUGACCAAUGUGUAAACUAUAAAAGCUCUUUACUUACAGAUUUUAAAAGUACAUUUUAAAAUUAUUCAUGGCUGUUUUAAAUUGUCUAUAGUGAUUUAUAGGGUUGUAGUUAAAUCAUUUAAGAAACAAUUAUCUUUCUAUAUAAAACCAUUUUCAGAUAGCAAGACUGUGCUUGUCUUUUUUAUUAUACUGAGUGCAAUUCAGUAUGCUGCAUGGCAAAAUAUGUAUUAUGUAAAUAAACUGGGUUUACUAAAUAAUAUUAAGUGCUACUUGUCAUUCUUUAUAAUCUAUAACAGCUUUAAAAUCAUAUUUUAGAAUCAUGAAUGAAGAUUCAGGGAAUAUCUGUCACAUCUUAUGGCAUCCCACCUGGACAAAGUAACUGAUUUGAAGACUGUGACUGACUGGCAUAAAGCUGUAUACCUCUCCAUUUGGCAGGUACCUAUCUGAGAUAGAUAUACUUUGCCCUACAUUAAAUGUCAAGGGGCAAAGCCUGUACUUCCAUAUUCCUGCCAGUUGCUGAGCUGAGUAGAUCCAUGUCCACCCUAAAUCAUCAUUCCUGAUAAUUCUACCCCUGCCAGAGUGUGUCUGGUACAAACAGAAAUGAAGAAUCAGCUCAAACGUUAGGGGAGAGGCAGAUGAAAUAUCACAUCAAUUGUGUUGAUACCGAAAGAGGUAUAGAUGCUAUUAAGCACCAAGGUCCCCUGAAAUGCUGCAGAUGAUCCAGAGCUGAAACCACCUUUAGGACACAUUUUCAGAAGGGAGAGGAAAAUAUCAGCAGUAGGGGUCUCUUGUGAAAAGUGAAACUUCCGUCCUUAGAGGGCUGAAAUGAACAGCCACUGAGGUUCUAGGCCUACUCUGUAAACCUGGGAUUAAAAACAUUACAUAAUACACCUGUAAUUCAAUAGUGCCUACCACCAUAAAGCAAAAUUGACCUUUUGAAAUGUGCAACAAGAAGUAAAACUUCAAAAGCUUAUGCCUGCAGUUAUUAACCACAUGCUAUACAUGAUGCUUGAGCUGGAUUGCCUUAAAAGGAUUAGCUAUUCAAAAUAAAUAGCUAUACAUUGCAGCAUAUAUUCUUCUCUAAAGAAGUUAACUAUAACUGAUUUUGAACACUGAUACAUUCCAGUUUUAUAUAAAUUUGUGAAAUUUAUUCUCAGAUUAGAAAUCAACAAUUUAAUCAUUUGUGGUAUUAUGCUGCUUUGUACCAUUCAUUAAAAAGAUACAUAGCCCUUAUUUUUCCACAUAACUUUUACAUAGCUGUUACUACUUCAAAAAGUAUGUUCAUUUGUAACAGACAAGAUGGGUCUCUCCACAAGCCACAAAUCUAAAAAUCUAGUUUGUUUCAAUCUGAUAAAUAGGUUUUCUCUUUAACAUGUCAGUCUUUUCUGAUCAAGAAUUAAAACAUUUUAAGUUACCAGUUUUUAAAAGUUUCAAAAUAAAUAAUAUAUAAUGCAAAUCCUUCC